AUGCUGGUGGUCCGAAACGAAAGCUGUAAAGCCAAUAAAAAAGCCUGUUUCAGGCACGCGCCAUACUUAAUCCGCUUGAUCCGCUUCAUCCACUUCGCUAUUGGUCAAAUCAAUGAUUUGACCAGUAGUGAAGCGGAUGUUUCACUUGAUCCGCUUUAUCCGCUUGAUCGCUCAAUCCACUUCGCCAUUGGUCAAUUAGCCGAUUUGACCAAUAGCGAAGUGGAUGAAGCGGAUGAAGCAGAUGAAGUAUGGCGCCUGCCUUAG